GAAAAUCGUGCAGAACGACGUUGGCUCUCGGCGGGUGCGAACGCGCUACGGUUUAGAAACGCGAAGUAGAGUAGACUCUCAUCGAGGCUUUCCCUUCCUUUUUUCCCUUGUCUGUCUCUCAGUCUCCUUCGGGUCGUCGAUCAGAGUAGAUAUAUCGACUGCGUUCGUUUCGGGAGAUUUAACAAGUAACCACAGAGACGAGGACGACGGUUAGAGGAGAGCGUUCCGAGUAACAAAAGCAGCAGCGUAGUUUGAAAGAGAGAAAGACUAAGAAGAAAAAUGGCAGAGGACAAGAACGAGACCAGCCCGAGCGCCGAGGGUGAAAAGCCACCGCAGGAAGCGCCGCCGGCCGAGAAACAAGAAAAGGAGGAACCAAAAGAAAGCAAAGAGGAAUCGAAGAAAGUGGAAGAGAAUGGCGACGGUGAGAAACCGAAGGAGAACGGCGAGGAGAAACCCACGCCAGAGCCGAAGGACAUGCGGGCUAUAGUACUGAACGGUUUCGGCGGAUUGAAAAGUGUCAAGGCCCUCAGGAAGCCUGUGCCAACCCCCGCCGAGGGAGAAUUGCUGAUUCGAGUCAAGGCAUGCGGAUUGAGCUUCCAAGAUCUGAUGGCCAGACAGGGUGCUAUCGAUUCCCCGCCGAAAACUCCUUUUAUUAUGGGAUCCGAGUGCGCAGGUGACAUUGAGCAGGUCGGCGAGGGCGUGGAGAACUUCAAAGUGGGCGAUCGAGUGGUCGCGUUUCCUGAUCACAAAGCGUGGGCGGAGCUCGUUGUCGUCCCGGCGACGUCCGUUUUCCCGCUGCCGCCUGGUAUGAGCUACCUCGAUGCAUCCGCGAUCACCAUGAACUACACCGUCGCGUACAUUCUGCUCUUCAAGCUGGCCAAUCUGACGCCCGGCAAGAGCCUUUUGCUUCACAGCGCCGGCGGUGGUGUGGGCCAAGCAGUAGUUCAACUGGCCAAAACGGUGAACGACGUGACGAUAUUCGGAGUUUGCAGCAAAUCGAAACACGAGGCCCUGAAAGCAGUCGGCACGAUCGAUCAUUUCUGGAUCCUCCAACAUUUUUGUUACACCCUGUAUAUAUAUGUAUAUAUAAAUCGGAUCCGUCGUCGUUGUCCUAAGGAUUGCUUACUUAUUUUCGAUUCUAUCGACAGGAUCUCCCCGGAGGGCGUAGACAUAGUUCUCGAUUGCCUGUGCGGCGAGGAAUGCAACAAGGGAUACGCGUUGCUGAAACCCAUGGGGAAAUACAUCCUUUACGGGUCUAGCAACGUGGUCACCGGAGAAAUGAAGAGCUUCUUCUCAGCGGCACGAUCAUGGUGGCAAGUGGACAAAGUGUCCCCCAUAAAGCUCUUCGAGGAGAACAAAACGCUGUCCGGUCUGAAUCUCCGUCACCUGAUGUACAAGCACGGCAGUCACGAUUACGUGCGGCAGUCGGUGGAACGGGUGUUCGAUUUGUGGAGCGAAGGUAAGAUAAAGCCGGUAAUAGAUUCGACGUGGGCGUUGGAGGACGUGCCGGAAGCCAUGCAAAAGAUGCACGACCGCAAGAACAUCGGCAAGAUCGUGCUGGACCCGAGUCUGGAGCCAAAACCGAAACCGGCGACGCCCGCCAAGGGUAAAGCGAAAGAUAAGAAGGCGGCCAGUCAGGAGGAGAAGAAAGCGUCGAGCGUAGAAUCGGAGGAUGGCGAGAAGAAGAAAGAGCCGGAAUUGACAAACGGAACGUCCGAAGACAAAUCCGAUAGCGAUUCGAAAGAAAAAGAAUCGAGCUGAAUUAGCGGCGCUGGCUAUUUCUAUUAUACGUAUAUAUGUAUACAUAUAUAUAUAAGAAAAAGCAAAAAUGAUAUCCUACGAAGAUCUAGAAUUUCCAGAUACGUGCUACUUCAUUAUUAA